AUGAAUCACUACCCUGAAGGUUGGGGUCGGCCCAGGGAUGAUGUCUAUGGGACUUAUAAUCCGUCGUAUCUUCAAAUGACAGGCCCCAAAACCCACACCCAAUCACCUGCCGUGACGGGAACGUCAGUAAUAGCCGUCAAAUUCAACAGGGGUGUUGCGAUCGCCGCCGAUAACUUAGCUUCGUACGGCUCUCUUGCCCGAUUCUCUGAUGUGAAGCGCCUUCGCGUGUUUGGUGAUUCGGCUGUGAUUGGAUUCAGUGGUGAUGUGUCCGACAUGCAGUACAUUGAUCGUCUCUUGGGAUCACUCGAUAUCAGGGAGAAUUAUUCCGCCCACGGAAACAUGCUUAAUGCAAAGAACCUCCAUACGUAUCUAUCUAAGGUGUUCUAUAAGCGCCGCUCCGAGUUCAAUCCGCUCUGGAACCACAUUCUCGUUGCCGGAUUCGAUGGAGACAAGAAGCCAUUCCUUAGCUCUGCGGAUCUUCUAGGAACUACAUUCUCAGCGCCACACCUUGCUACCGGAUUCGGUGCUCACCUCGCCGUCCCGAUUCUUCGUCGAUUGUUCCCAGAAGAGAAACCGACAGAAGAAGUCAGUAAGGACGAAGCAGUGGCGGCACUGAGAGAGUGUCUUAAGGUUCUCUGGUACCGAGAUGCCCGAAGCAUCGACAAGUACUCCUUGGCAGUGAUUACUGAAGGGGGGAUUGAGAUGCAGGAAGAUCAGAAGAUCGAGGCUCAGAGUUGGGCAUUUGCGGAAGGCAUCAAGGGAUAUGGAGCCCAGGUCAACUAG